UCCCGCGCGCCCAGCUGCCGCCGCCCGCUCUCGGGUGCGGCGACGAUGCCUCGGACCGCGACCCCCGCCCCCGCCCCGGCCCCGGACCGGGCCUGCGGCCCCUGUCCGCCCCGAAAUUAGCCACUGGGCGCGCGGCGCCGAUCUCGCACCGCCGCAACGAUGGGCAACACCGUGCACCGGACCUCACCAGACUCCAGCCCCCCGGCGCGCCUCCUGGCCACCCGUCCGUGCUGCGGCCCAGGGCCUGAACAACAGCAGCAGCAGCAGCAGCAGCGGCACCUGGUGCUGGGCGAAGCCCCACGCUUCCACGCACAGGCCAAGGGCAAGAACGUGCGCCUGGACGGCCACUCGCGGCGAGCCACGCGGCGCAACAGCUUCUGCAACGGGGUGACGUUCACGCAGCGGCCAAUCCGGCUGUACGAGCAGGUGCGGCUGCGCCUGGUGGCCGUGCGCCCGGGCUGGAGCGGUGCACUGCGCUUCGGCUUCACGGCGCACAACCCCUCGCUCAUGAGCGCGCAGGACAUCCCCAAGUACGCCUGCCCGGACCUGGUCACCCGGCCCGGCUACUGGGCCAAGGCGCUGCCGGAGAGCCUGGCGCUGCGCGACACCGUGCUGGCCUACUGGGCCGACCGGCAUGGCCGUGUCUUCUACCGCGUCAACGACGGCGAGCCGGUGCUCUUCCACUGCGGAGUGGCCGUGGGCGGCCCGCUCUGGGCGCUCAUCGACGUCUAUGGCAUCACCGACCAGGUGCAGCUGCUCGAGAGCACCUUCGCCGACACGCUACCGCCCGCACGCCUGGGCCAGGCCCGCUUCAGCGCCUGCCCGCCGCCUGGCAGCCACGACGCGGCCAACUUCGACAACAACGAGCUGGAGAACAGCCAGGUGGUGGCCAAGCUGGGGCACCUGGCGCUAGGCCGCGCCCAGGGCCCGCCGCCCGCCGACGCCACGGCCGCCGCCAUCCCGUGCGGGCCCCGCGACCGCCCGCGGCCCGCGUCCUCGCCCGCGCUGCUCGACGCCGACCUGCGCUUCCACACCACGCGCGGGCCCGACGUGAGCCUGUCGGCCGACCGCAAGCUGGCCUGCGCACCGCGGCCCGACGGCGGCCGCACGCUCGUGUUCUGCGAGCGCCCGCUGCGGCCCGGCGAGAGCCUCCUGGUGGAGGUGGGGCGCGCGGGGCUGGCGGCGCCCGGCGCCGUGGCCUUCGGCAUCACCUCCUGCGACCCCGGCGCGCUGCGGCCCGCCGAGCUGCCCGCCGACCCCGACGCGCUGCUCGACCGCAAGGAGUACUGGGUGGUGGCGCGUGCGGGGCCCGUGCCGAGCGGCGGCGACGCGCUCAGCUUCACGCUGCGCCCCGGAGGCGACGUGCUGCUGGGCGUCAACGGACGCCCGCGCGGCCGCCUGCUCUGCGUGGACACCUCGCAGGCGCUCUGGGCCUUCUUCGCCGUGCGCGGCGGCGCCGCGGGCCAGCUGCGCCUCCUCGGUACGCUGCAGUCCAGCCCUGCAACCACCACUCGGUCGGGAUCCCUCAGCGGCUCCCAGGAUGAUAGUGAUUCCGACAUGACCUUCAGUGUCAAUCAGUCUUCCUCAGAGUCGGAGUCAUCCCUGGUGACAGCCCCCAGCUCCCCGUUGAGCCCCCUGGUGUCCCCAGCUUUCUCCUUACCUGAGCCCUCGGCCAGCAAGAAUGGGGAGUGUACUGUGUGCUUCGACGGCGAAGUGGACACGGUCAUCUACACCUGUGGACACAUGUGCCUGUGCUACAGCUGCGGCCUGCGACUCAAGAGGCAGGCCCGAGCCUGCUGCCCCAUCUGUCGGCGGCCCAUCAAAGAUGUCAUCAAGAUCUACCGGCCGUAGCCUGGCUGCCUGCCGGCAAGGUCACCACCUGCUGGCAAGGUCACCGCUUAGAAGACAACACUCUGGCCACCAGGGAGAGCAGGGGCACCAGCCGUCUCUCCUGCAGCUCUCCUGUGCUGGACACAGCGUGACAGGUGUGGAGACCAACCUGGGGGAGGGGGCUCAGCCCGGGCAAGGAGUUGCUUGUGCCCCCCAAGUGCUUUGCACAGCCCCCCAAAGGGCCCACCCAAGAGCAAGCUCAGGACCUGCCUAAGGAGUCCCCUACCUGCCAGUGACCUUUGGGGAGACAGCGUCCCCCCAUCUGUGCAAUGCUUCUUUCUGGAGCUGAGUGUGGGAGAAGAAGGGGAGGGAGGUGGACAGCGUAGACAGGAGGGGUGAGCAAGAAGGAUGGCGGGCUCCAGAUGUUGCUUCACCGUAAGGAAUGUGCAAGCCAGACUCCAGAUGUUAACGCCACGGAAAACCUGUUCGCUUUCUGAGACAGCGCUGGUUUUGAAUGUACGGGGCCUGAGCCCACCCAGAACUCCCUUGGAUGGUGUAGGAAAAAGAGGAGGAGGGGGAUGGGCAAAUUGUCUCUAAAGCAAAGGCAAAAAUAACCCAUUGUUUACAGCUCCGGAGCAGGUGCUUCUGGUUGGGGCAGGGGGAGGUAGAUGGCAGAGAACAGCUGGCUAUUUUCAGUUCUUACUCACGCUCGAAGGCAUGUUU